AUGGGUGAUUAUCCAAAAGCACUGUCUUAUUAUGAACAAGCCCGUGCAAUUCGACAACAAUCACUUCCUUCCAAUCACCCUGAUUUAGGUGCUUUCUAUAACAACAUCGGUAAUGUGUAUAAAAACAUGGGUGAUUAUAAAAAAGCACUUUCUUAUUAUGAGAAAGAUCUUGCAACUGGACAGCAAUCACUUCCUUCCAUUCAUCCUGAUUUGGGUAUUCUCUAUAACAACAUCGGUAAUAUGUACUACAACAUGGGUGAUUAUGAAAAAGCACUUUCCUAUUAUGAGGAAGAUCGUGCAAUUCUACAACAAUCACUUCCUUCCAAUCAUCCUGAUUUGUAUAGUUCCUAUUACAAUAUCGGUUUGGUGCAUGAGAAUAUGGGCAACUAUUCAAAAGCUUAUUCAUUUUAUGAGCGUUCUGUACAAACUAAACCACAAUCAUUAUCACCAAAUCAUCCAACUCUUCAACAACGUAGGAAAAAUCUCGAACGCAUGAAAAAGAAAUUACAAAUUCUUUCUGUAAUUUUUUUUUGGAAAAUAAUAUAA